GUCUAAGUCUAUUUAUUUCGACCAAAAAAGCUAAAACCCUACUUUGGCGGUGGUCGGCGAACGAAGAGGUUUGCAUUGGAUUCAAAUCUGGAGGAGGCCCAAAAGUGGGCCAACUUGGUUGAGGGUAGCAUUAGCUGAACAAGUUGCUGAUGAACUAGGCUCAAGGGAGUUUGACUAUCUCUAUACACAUUUCAUACAGUACUAAUCAUCCCAGUGGUGAUGACAAGGAUGAGACUUCACUAACAAAAUGAAAAGGUAUAAUCUUCAUCUUUUUGGGUACAGGUGUCGUUCCAAAAGGGUGUGAAUUUCAUUGCCAUCAUGCAGGGUGUGACGGUUAGCUCGGUAGGGCAAUCAUUUUCCCUACCUAAAUGCAGUGCUUCUAGGGAAAACAAGUCACGGAUUCGCCGAACAAAAGAAGAGAGGAGAACAAUGGUCAUGUCCUUCAUAAAGAAGUACCAGAGCUCAAAUAAUGGGAAAUUUCCAUCCCUUAAUCUUACACACAAGGAAGUUGGUGGAUCUUUCUACACUAUAAGGGAAAUUGUGAGAGAUAUAAUUCAAGAAAAUAAAGUGCUGGGUCCUGGAAACCCAUCGUCAAAAUUACUAAAUCUCCAGUAUUACACUGAAGAGGAGACAGAUACUAGUUCUUUUCUGGAUGUUGGUGGAAACAUAUCCAUUUCAGGUAUUGGCAAUAGAAUAGAUCAUGUUCAUGGUGAAGUUGAUUCUUCAUUGGAGCUGCAAGAAGUUACAAGUGACGUGAAUAUUGAAAUAAACAAACCUGGUGCCCACGUAAGGUUCGGAACUCGUAUGAAUGAGAACUUUUCUUGGCAAGUGAAGAAUGGCGAAACUAAUCUUAUAGAAGACUCUGCUAACGGCAGUGUUCUACAUGAAGAGUUGAUUAAUUCGGGGACUGAGGAAUCAAAUGUUCACUCACUAACAGCAAAGAAGGAUGAUGCCUGGGGAAGUGAUGAACAGAUAAACACUAAAGUUCAAGGUGCUAAGCAAUCACAUUCAUUAUAUCCUACCGGGUCUGGAAACUUUUUGGUUGAAUCUGAACUGACUAAUGAAGACACGCACAAUAAAAUCUCUGUGAGAACAAAUUGUUUUGAAGAGAACACCAACAUUUCAGAGACCUCUGUUAACGAAAGCUUACCAGGAACUAGUAUGCUUUUCUCAGACAUUGUGGAUGAUCAGUCAAACGGUCACCGGGAUAAUCAUGGAGUCUUGGCAUUAGUAGAUGAUACGUUAGACCAAGAUGUCUCCUCAGAAACGGUAACUCUAGCUGUCUCUAACACGCCACAGAUUAUAAGAUCUGCUCAUAAAGUGCAUUUGCCACCUGAGCCCUUCCUGAAAAGAACUGCUAUUUACAGUUCAGAGUUAGAAACAGUGAGCUCAAACAGUACUUUCAGCUCAUCAGAAACUUCUAGUUCUGCUAAUAAAGGUGAUGUUCCAUUUAUUCCUUUUGACAAAGAGCCUUUCGCAAGUAUUGAACAAUCCAGGGAGAUUGCUUCGUCUAGUGAACAAGGAAUUGAUGUAGCUAAAGGACAAUGUAUGGAUAACUUUGUUUUACAAACAACACGAUCCCCUGCACCUGGAGCUGCAGAAAAUGAUCUGAAAUUGGUAGAUAAGUCCAGUAGUCUUGUUGAUGCUGUUAAAGAAUCAGAAAAUGCUUCAGGCAAACUACUUGAACCUGUCAUUCAAGAGGCAGAUCGUUCAGACUUCAAGACUGAAAGACAACAUGGUGCUUUCAGUACUGUGAAUGGUGGAGACAAUAUAAGCUCUUCAAACCAGGAGACUAACAAAGUGUCUGAGAUGUCUCAAAAGACCCCCCUGUGGAAUGCAAUCAAAGCUUUUAUAGCUUCUUUUAUCAGGUUUUGGUCCGAUUAACUCUCCUUAUCAAUAUUGUGUGAAGUGAUAUCAACCCUUCAAUCAAUCCUUUGAGUAUCAAUAUUCUAUCCUAAUGUUAUCGUAUGUUUACUUCAAAAUUUUAAAUGUUAUUAAUUCAAGAAAUAGAGGCCCUGUCUUUUCUCCCCUGUGUAGCUUCAGAGGGAAAUGAGGCUUGAGUUUCAGUCGGCUGAGUUUUAAUAAAUAAAGGAAAUUACUGUCCCUGUUUACAUAGCUCUUAUUUAGUUAUGCUUUUUACUUCCUAUAUGGGUAGUAGAAAUGCUUCUAUAGUGAUGUGAUGUAUGGGGAUGCUGUAUUGUGCUGUGAGUUGGGAAAGAAUUAUUUUGUAAAAUUAUGUAAAAAAUUCUCUCUGAAGUGCUCCAGGAGUGGUGGUUGUUCUGUAAAAUAUUGCUGUGAUAGUAAUGAGAUGAUUAAAAUUGAUUAAAUUUGGAAUAAGAUUUCUCUUUUAAUACUA